GUUUUAUUGAGCUUCUUGGUUUCGGUUUAUGUCAGCGUCAGAAACCGAUAUGACAGAUAUGGCUGUGUUCGACAAUUGCUCUGUGCUUUUGGACCUGAAAAACUUGCCGUUGAAGGAGAGGAAGAGUCUGAAGUUGUCUGUGACGGAAAAUGGAGGCAACCUUUGUUUCGUGGUCACUAAACAAUGCUCCUUCGUCGUGGUCAGCAACGUGUCACACCUCAGCUCCAACAGGCUGCGCAGCAUCCACAGGUUCCAAACGCCAGUAAUGGGGCUGGAUUAUGUGCACAGCUGUCUGCAGAGAGGUGUCCUACAACCUGUAGAGGACUACAAGCUGGACGUGCCCUCCUUCGACGCGUUCUCUCACAUGCUUCCUCUCUCUUCAACUAAGCCAAGGCCAUUCAAAGAUCAAGUGAGCGGAGCUGUCGUCAAGCCUUCCAAGGAUGAACCCUCCCCUCCAGAUAAGAUUGGACGUGUACCAGACAAGUUCAGGAUUUAUAAGGAACAGGAUGAAGAUAUUCCAGCAUAUCCAGAUGACUUCAAUGUGGCCAAGUAUUCCAUCUUUCAAAAGGAUGACAGCAGAACUUGGUGUGUGUUGGAGCUGCAGAGUGCCAAGGGAAAGAAGGGACAGCAGUACCGCGUGAUUUGCUACUCGCAGGACACGGUACAAAGUGACAUGGUGACGUUCCCCUCAACCUCAGAGCAAGCUGUGGAGGUCUACCAGACACUGACUGACACCCUGCUGGCUUCGGGUCUACGCCCAAUGGCUAUAAUCCCUCUGCAGGACCAGAACCUUGGCUCGCACGGCCUGCAGCAGCUGCUGUUGGAGGAGAAGGUGAAUGCUGGAGUCUUGUCACAAGAUGUGGCCGUCUUUGUGGAGCUGCUGUGGACUGAGGCCCUGGGUUGCCUUGGCAACAUCCUCCGAGUGCCUGUUAGCAAACUCUGCCUCACUGACGUGAGCAGAGCGGAGGGCUUGUUGAUUCAAGCGCAGAGAAAACUAAAGGAGGGCAAACAUGAUGGAGUGCUCUCUCUUCUGCUUGAAGUUUACUUGCUGCUGCCACACAUAACACCCAAUGUAGCUUGCGAUGCCAAGCUGGUCUCCCAAAAACUGGACCUCUGUCAGCUAAUUCGAGACAUCCUGAACGUGAGUGAGAUGACUCUGAGAAGCCCCGCCCCUUCCUGCGUUGGCAAGUUUCGUGCCCUGAGGUGCAGCAUUGAAACGGUCGAGCCCAGCUGCCGCGAAUACCACGCUGUGUUGUCUCUGUUCCGGGGCAGAGCCAUGCAGAUCCAUCAGGUGCUGCGUGUCAGCAGAGCCGUGGAGCUUCAGACCUUUAAGAGCAAGUUCGGCAACGUCAAGUCCCUCCUUCACUCCUCCAGACCCAGCAACUUUGUCGGAAUUCUGUCGCGUGGUUUGCUGCUACCUUGUGUUGGAGUGGAACAUCAUGGGAUUGAACGAACAGAUGCUGGCAGUCUUGGAAAUGGCAUAUACUUCAGCGAUAGCAUGAGCACCUGCCUAAAGUACUCAAAGCCCAGUACCACGGAUGGCUCUCGGCUGUUGCUGGUGUGUGACGUAGCCCUGGGGCGCUGCCUGGAGUUUCACCAGAGAGACUCCACGCUGACUCGGGCCCCUGAGGGACACAACAGCGUGCACGCUGUCCGCCGCACGGCCACCAAUUACUCUGAGUUUGAGGGUGAUGAGUACGUGGUGUACAGUCCAGAGCAGGUCAAGCUGAAAUAUGUUGUACGGUUCAGCAUCGAUGGAGACCAACUGAAAGUGUUCAGUCCAGCUGUGGACACCUCUACUGAGUCUUGUGUGCCCCCUGCUGACAUAGCAGUCUUUCCUGAUGAUGAUGGCGUUGGAAGCAUAAAGAACCCAUUGGACGACGUGACUGCAGGAUUGCUGGACAGCGCAGGGCACCAGCUUCCCCUGCUGGCCGUGCAUGUGAAGUGCAAGUUGAUGGAUUUGCUCUCUCAUGUCAUCAUCUUCCAAAGGUACACCAAUAAGAGCGAUGUGCCCAUUGAGGCCAAGUAUGUCUUCCCUUUGGACGAUUACGCAGCCGUGUGUGGCUUUGAAGCCUUCAUUAAUGGGAAACAUGUGGUGGGACAGGUGAAGGAGAAAGAGCAGGCUCGUAAGGAGUACAAGCGGGCUAUAGAGAAGGGCCAUGGCGCCUACCUCAUGGAUCAGGACGCUCCAGACGUUUUCACCAUCAGUGUGGGCAACCUGCCAGCAGGUGCCAGCGUCCUCAUUAAAGUGACCUUUGUGUCCGAGCUCAUCGUCAAGGAUGGGAGUGUUUUUUUCACCCUGCCUGCUAGUGUUGCACCAUGGCAGCAAAGUGCAGCAUUAAAUCGGACUACACAGGUGACUGUGGACAAAGUAUGUGUGACGGAUAAUGCAGCAAGUACAAGAGAGUUCAGCCUUGACAUGUCCAUUGAGAUGCCAUAUGAGAUCAGCAGCCUGCAAUGUAUCACACACACAGUCAAGAUAAAGAGGACUGACUGUAAGGCAGUGGUGAGUGUGCUGCCAGGGCAGGUCAUGACUCCAGAAGGGUUCCAGCUGUCAGUCACUCUGUCGGAGGUUCAUCUUCCCAGGAUGUGGGUGGAAAAACACCCUGACAAGGACAGCCAGGCCUGUAUGUUAGUUUUCUACCCUAACUUUGAGAUGAAACCCACUUCUGGAGCGGAUGAAGUUGUCAUUUUGCUGGACACGUCUGAGUCCAUGCGUGGAGAGCCUCUACUCUGGGCACAGAGGAUUGCCCAACAUGCCAUCAAAACCCUCAAGGGUGACCUUAAAAUCAACAUCGUCUUGUUUGGCACAGAUCACACACAAGCUUUCCUGACACCGCAGCCGCUUGAUGAAGCGAGACAGGCUGCUGAGAACUUCAUAAAGUCUCUUUCGCCAGUGGGGGGCAGCACUGAGCUUUGGCGGCCCCUGCAAGCGCUUGCCCUGCUGCCUCCAUCCAGUGGCGUCCGCAAUCUUUUCCUGCUGUCCGACGGCCACCUCCAGAAUGCCGAUGUCACCAUGAAGCUGCUCAGGGACAAUGUUGAACAUAGCCGCCUCUUCACGUGUGGCAUCAGCUCCACAGCCAAUCGACACAUGCUGAGAACGCUGGCCCAAGCAGGGUGUGGAGCCUAUGAAUAUUUUGAUGCCAAAAACAAGUACGAGUGGGCAGAGAAGGUGGCAUGUCAGGUGAGGCGCAUGGCCUCUCCUGGCUGCAGUUCUGUAUCAGUGAAGUGGCAGCAGUUCAACCCAUCGGCACCUCCUCCUGUGCAAGCCCCCAAGCAGCUCCAUGCACUCUUCAACGACUGCCACACACUGGUUUAUGGUUUCGUGCCACACUGCACACAGGCCACCCUGCUCGGAAAUCUUAGUGGCCAGGAGCUGAGAACCAUGGUGUCCACUAGUGAACUGCAGAAGACCAGGGGCACUUUUCUUCACAAGCUGACAGCGAGAGCUCUCAUCAGAGACUAUGAGGAUGGAAACUUGGAUUCCAACGAAGCUGAGCAUGAGGGGAUGAAAAACCAGUUGAAGUCCUUCAUCAUUGACUUGAGCAAAGAGUUCUCCAUCCUGUCUCAGUUCACCAGCUUUGUGGCCAUUGAAGAAAGGAGCUUUCAGGAGGCGGUUCAAGCAGGGGAGGGCUUCACGGAUGUCCCCAAGUUGUUGGCGGAAGAAGAUGUGGACAUCCUCCCCUACAUCAACUGGACAUCUCCUCAGGCCGGCAUAGAAGAUGAGGAGGAUGACAUGGGGAUUUGUGACGAUCUGUUUAGCUUUCUGCACAGUGUAAUGUCACAUCACACCGUCUUGGAUUCAGUGUCUCAACCAGACUUCAUUGAGUCGUCAGCGUAUUCGCCCACGAGUCCCAGUCUAGCUUCAUCCCUUCCGUUGUCAGAAAUGUUCUGUCAAAAUACUUGUGUCUUUGAGGCGCCACCCAAAAGGGCCAUUGCAAAACGCCCCAAUUUGAAGGGUAUUGCAGCAGGAUUUGGACUGAUGGACACCAAAGUUUCCCAUACUUCUCUUGCUGUUGGGGGUGGAUUUUCAACCUCAUCUCUUCAAUCUCUUGAUGCUCCUCCACCUUCUGCUGCAACAAGUGAUCCAAAUGUAAACAAACCUCCACCAGGCAGCCUAUCAGAUGUUCCUUCUGCACUGCUUCCUUUUAGCCAUCCUUCCUCUGUUAUUCCUCCACUUGUUGGCCAGCCUUCCUUUGUUGCUCAUCCACUCCCACAUUUUGGCCUAAGUGCUUCUGCUCCUUCACCACCACCUCCUGGCAUCCCAUUUGUUCCUCCUCCACCACCACCUGUUGACCGUCUUUCAUUUGUUCGACCUCAAUCUUUUGGCCAUCUUUCCUUUGCUGCUCAUCCACUUCCACAUUUUGUGCGUCAGUCUUCUGCUCUUCCACCGCCACCUCCACCUGGCAGCCCGUCAUUUGUUCCUCUUCCACCACCACUACCUGUUGGAUGCCCUUCAUUUUUUGCUUAUCCACCUCCAUCCGUUGGCCACCCACCAUUUUUUGGUUUUCCACCACCACCUCCACCUAUCAGUGUAUCAUUCAAUGCUCCUCCACCUGGCCAUCCAUCCAUCACAAUUUUUGGAAGUUCAACUCCGUCGCUUGGCCUGGCUGCAUCCACAUACGAAAAGAAAGAAAAGAAAACAAAAUUCCAACAUCAAACUUCAACCCAGUGUGAAAACAAAUCCUCUGCUGUUGGUUUUUCAUUUCGGGGCCAAGCUGCAAGCAAGGCUGAACUUGCCAAAGUGCAACAAAAAGAUGAUUUUGGAAACAGAAACUUUGCUUCAGCCAUGCCAAAAUUGAAAGUAGCUCAUCACACUCUCUUGCCCACGUAUGGCAGCACAACGUCUUGCAGGGCCGAGUCAGCAGGCGGUGUCGAUUACAUAAUGCAUAAAUUGAAAUGGUCAAAAAUCUUCCCAAUGCAGACUUCAGACGGCUACUGGGAGUUGACCACAGAACUGGGAAAAUGCGUCAACUUUGACCUCGAUGUCUUUGCCAACGUGUUCCUCGAAAGUAAAGGCAUCCGCUCUCUCGGCGUAAAAGCCCGUGCCAACAUUCUGAGGCUCCUGGCAACUCUUCUGGUCCUGCAACUGAUGCGGUUGGAGAAGCUUCCAGAAGGUGCACUGCUGCGCACGCUCUUCUGUCUGGAGGACACUCCUGUCAGACUGGCCCACUGGCAGAACGUGAAGAAGGCGGUGUACUGGGUUCGCUGGGCCGACCGCCAGUACCCGUGCAUCUGCAGCCGCCUGGAGUUCGGUUUCACGUGGGAGUCGGCCACCCGCCAACUCCUGGGCUAUGACGCCCUCCCUGCCUUCUCGCCUCUUGCCAGCCUGGAGCUGAGGAGCAACAUACUUGCUUCUGUGGUCGUUGGCUGAUUAUUACACACUUACGUACACUGAUUGAAAUCAAAAGUAUUGGGGAACAAUUUGAAAAAAAAAUUCUGUUGACUUAGAUUUUUAUGCUGAUUAAAACUAAAAUUGGCAUGCUGAUUCCAAAAUUGCAGUCAGUUUUUUUCGAGCACAUCAAGUUUUUUCUCCACAGUUUACCCUCCAGAUAAACAAAAUUCCACAGAUUAGCUAUAGUAAGGCUUGCCAGCUGAUUACGAUUGGACUCAUCUACAGCUACUGUACGUGGCAACUUGUUUGUGCAGUCACAAUUGAGACAGUGCGGUGAGAGGUCAAUAGGUCAGUACUAUCAAUAUCCGAAAACAGAAAGCUAGCAUAGUAGGAAUUAAGAGGAUUUGUGCUGUCUUUUCUCUUAACCUUCUAACCAUGGGCAUACCAUUGUAAGUUCUAUUUCGUUUCAUGCUGUUUUUUAUUUUUUUAGUUUUUAAAGCUCGUAACUAUUCCAUUUUAGUGUUUUAUUUACAUAGGUAUAUAUUUCCUUUGUUCCACUUUGUUCAAAAACCUGACAUGAUAGAGAAAAACUGAGAUCAGUUUUGGAUUCUGCACCCAAAAAUGUAUUUAAAACAGCUGUCAGACCUAACGCAACAAAAAAUUGUGUUGCCCAGUGUUCGCGCCUGUUCUUAUGCCAAAUAUGACCAGGUUUUUGAUAUAAUUACAAUGUCAAAGUUGCCCCCGGAAUGGGCGCGUCCUGUUUUGACCAAUCAAAAGAAAAGGAUAUGUCCCAAAAUACUAAAACACGGUGUUUAGCCCACUGGAAGUCAGUUCACUUUCCAUGCAUGGAUUGUGUGCUCAGGAUUUGUCUGCCUUGAAUAAAUCGACUGUGAUCUGCCAA